AAAUAAUUUUCUUAAUUAAAUAAGAUAAAAAAGACACAAGAUCACUAAUGGAAGAUUGCAACAGUCCCGAAUUUUAAAGCCCUGAACUGAACUGAACUGAACUGAACUGAACUGAAUAUCAAAAGACGCGGCGAUGGAGGAGGCAGAGGUUCAGCAAACAAGGCAUUUGUGUAACCAAAAAGAAUAAAGGGGAUGGUGUCUAGAGAAGAGAAGACUUAAGUUGAUAUAAAUUAACCAAUAGGAAUUUAUUAUAAUUCUCAAGCAUGGCAAUCCAAGGUGCUCUUUUCUUUCUUCUUCUUUUCCUGGCUGAUCCAGAAGCCUGCUGCCUCUGCAAUCAAUGUAUUGCAGUUGCAGAGAGAUCAUUUGAGUCUGCUUCUAUCAAACGGAGCAGUUUUCCGGUUGGUUUUGUCUUUGGGGCUGCAUCAUCUGCUUACCAGUAUGAAGGUGCAGCCAGUGAAGGUGGCAGAUGGCCUAGCAUAUGGGAUACCUUCACUAAAAGAUUUCCGGAUAAGAUCAGGGAUCAUAGCAGUGGAGAGGUUGCAGAUGAUUCAUACCAUCUCUACAAGGGAGAUGUGGCUGCAAUGAAGGAUAUUGGUUUUGAUGCCUAUAGAUUCUCCAUCUCUUGGUCCAGACUUCUGCCUGACGGAAAAGUAAGUGGAGGGGUAAACCAAGAAGGAAUCAGAUAUUACAACAGUCUUAUAAAUGGGCUUCUGGCAAACGGAUUGCAGCCGUAUGUGACUCUGUUCCACUGGGAUCUUCCAGAAGCAUUGCAGGAUGAAUAUGGUGGUUUUCUGAAUCCACAGAUUGUGAAUGACUUCCGGGACUAUGCUGAACUAUGCUACAAAGAGUUUGGUGACAGAGUGAAACAUUGGAUCACCUUGAAUGAGCCUUUGACAGUUGCUAAGAAAGGAUAUGCAACUGGUGAGGAUGCCCCUGGCAGGUGUUCUUAUUGGUAUUCUCCUCAUUGCACUGGAGGCAACUCUGCGACAGAGCCAUACAUAGUUGCCCACCAUUUGCUCCUUGCUCAUGCAGCUGCAGUCAAAGUGUAUAGGGACAGAUACCAGAUGUCUCAAAAGGGUCAAAUUGGUAUAACCCUCAAUCUAGUGUGGACAGUGCCUUCAAGUGAUUCAAAGGAAGACAGGAAUGCAGCUUUCCGAGCUCUUGCUUUCAUGUUUGACUGGUUUAUGGAGCCACUUCAUUCUGGAUUCUACCCAUAUGUGAUGGUAACAUAUGUUGGGAAACGACUUCCUCAAUUUUCCAGCGAGCAAUCCCAGAUGCUUAAAGAAUCUUUUGAUUUCAUUGGAAUAAACUAUUACACUGCAAAUUAUCUAAUUAAGGCGCUAAAUAACGGACUCUUGUGUCAACCUUACAGGUGAAUGGAAGGGAAUUCCAAUAGGUCCAAAGGCUGCCUCUGAUUGGCUUUAUGUCUAUCCUCGAGGAAUUUACCAGGUUUUGCUCUACAUCAAGUAUAAAUUUAAUGAUCCUGCAAUCUACAUAACUGAGAAUGGUGUAGAUGAAUUUAAUGAUGGAACACUAUCACUUGAGGACGACAUGAGAAUAGACUACUAUAGUCGACAUCUUUCAUUUGUUGAGAGUGCCAUCAAGAAUGGAGUAAACGUGAAGGGAUAUUUUGCAUGGUCGUUGCUGGACAACUUUGAAUGGACAGAUGGUUAUACAGUUCGUUUUGGGAUCAUCUAUGUAGACUACAACAAGCGAUUGAAGAGAUAUGGAAAGAAGUCAGCUGCAUGGUUCAAGCAAUUUCUCGCUCGAACACAUUUCGAGUACUGAACCAAUUUCCUUUAAUCAUUUUUUCUUCUUCACUGUUGUUAAUAGCAAAUGCAAUGUUUAAGAUGAAUGUAUGAUUCCUAAAAUAAAGAAGAAGAAGAAGAAUUAGGAUAUAUAUAUAUAUGUAUGUACGUAUAUAGAGGAUAUAUAUUUACACUGUAUAUUAUAUGUGUCGCUUCUGUAUUAUUUACUCGUCUGUUAUGAUUCAACAAUUUAUAUGGAGGUCAAGGAAUUUGAAUAUUGGAGGAAGUUCAGCUGUUGCGCAAUUUUUUGCCAUCUGUUGAUCUUUUCCUUUGAUGCAAUCCAGCUAUCCUUUUGUUUUAAUACUCCCUUUCAAACUGGGCGAGGGCAUAAAGACUGGAACUGAUACUUGGAUAAAGGCUUUGUGAAGAUGUCAGCAACUUGUCGGCCUGAAGAGAUGAAUCUUGUAAUAAGUAAUCCCGAAGCAA